AUGAGUGAGGCCAAGACAGUCACUACACCUCUUGCCUCACACUUCAAACUUGCUCAAAAUCAAGCACCGACUAAUGAAGAAGGCAAUUUGUACAUGGACAAUGUACCCUAUGCUUCCUGUGUUGGAAGCUUAAUGUACUGUAUGGUCUGUACCAGACCAGACUUGGCCUAUGCAUUAAGCAUGGUAAGCAGAUUUAUAUCUGAUCCAGGCAAGACACAUUGGGAGGCUGUGAAGUGGAUUCUAAGGUACCUAAAGGGAACAUCUAAUGUUGGUUUGCUGUACAGAGACAAUGGAAAAUUUGAAACUGAGAUUGCAGGGUAUGUUGACUCAGACUAUGCAGGGAGUAUUGACACCAGAAGGUCUAUCACUGGUUAUGCAUUUACAACUUUUGGUGGAUGUAUUAGUUGGAAAUCGAAUCUACAGAAGGUGGUGGCUCUAUCCACCACAGAAGCAGAAUAUAUGGCUGCUACUGAAGCCAUUAAAGAGGCAAUCUGGUUAAGAGGCUUCACUGAAGAACUUGGUUUCAAAGGAGAAGACAUCACUGUCCAUUGUGAUAAUCAAAGUGCUAUUCACUUAAUGAAGAAUCCCAUGUACCAUGAAAGGUCCAAGCAUAUAGAUAUCAAGCUUCAUUUUAUUAGAGAAGUGAUUGCAAGGAAAGAAAUACAGAUUAAGAAGAUUGGAACAAAAGAAAACCCUGCUGACAUGCUAACCAAGUAUGUUCCUCAAGCAAAGUUCGGACUUUGUCUGAAUUUGCUUAGCAUUCUCACUGCCUGA